AUGAAGGUUGAAGAUCAGCUCUCCCUCAUCCUCUCGAAGCUCGACGAGCAAUCCAAGGGGAUCAGCGAGGGGAAUCGGCGGAUCACCGAUGUACAUGCCUCCAUCGAAGAUCUCAAGGCGGCGAAGGACGAUUUUGAGCGCUGGCGGCCACAAGUCGACACCCUGUGUCACCAGAUCGACGAGCUCAAGUCCACGACCGCCUCACCUGCCGCGCCCCCCGUCUUCUCCGACGCUGUAUUUGUCUUCACCAAAACGCCGGCACCCACUCAUCAGGGUGCGUCCUCUUCGCAAGCGGCGUUUGGGCCAUGUGGCCACGGCGUUGCACACUGUCACCGGAGGGUGGGUUCAGGGGUCGGCGUCACCCUCGAACCACCUCCGGUCAAAGGUGAGCCCCCCACACCACCAAUCUCACCUCAUGGUCAUGCUUCGCAUCACUUCAAUUCCUGCUGUGGUCAUCACAAUUUCAGUCACAACUUGCCUCAACUUGAUUUUCCAAAGUUUAAUGGUUCCAAUCCAAAACUCUGGAUCAAACAAUGUGAAUCUUAUUUUGAUCUGUAUUAUAUCACCCCUGAAAAUUGGGUGAAAUUGGGCACCAUCAACUUCACGGGCACUGCAGCCUGUUGGAUGCAGACCAUUGAGCUUAACUUGCGUCAUUGUCCUGGGGAUAUUCUCUGUCAUAAUGUCGUACACCGUUUUGACAGAGAUCAAUUCAAUCACUUCAUCCGUCAAUUUUUUCAUGUCAAGCAGACCGACACUGUCCUCGAAUAUAUUACUCUGUUUGAUGAGCUGAUGCAUCAGUAG